GCUGUAGUGGGCAGUGAGCCGUGUGAUUGCCUCAGCAAUUGUGAAGUGUGUGCUCCAGUGUCGUGGGAGGCUUGACUUUCCCGACAGGAAAGGGAAGGUUGUACCCACUCAUUUGAGAGGAUCGCUGGGGCCACUGUCGUGGAUUUUGAGUCCUUUGGGCGGCGCCAUGGCGGAGAGAAAAGGAACUGCCAAAGUGGACUUUUUGAAGAAGAUUGAGAAAGCGAUCCAGCAGAAAUGGGAUACUGAAAAAGUGUUUGAGGUCAAUGCAUGUCAUUUAGACAAGCAGGCCAGCAAGGACAAAUACUUUGUAACCUUUCCAUAUCCGUACAUGAAUGGGCGUCUUCAUUUGGGACACACGUUUUCCUUAUCCAAGUGUGAGUUUGCAGUAGGGUACCAGAGAUUAAAAGGAAAAACCUGUCUGUUUCCCUUUGGGUUACACUGUACUGGGAUGCCUAUUAAGGCAUGUGCUGAUAAGUUGAAAAGAGAAAUAGAGCUGUAUGGUUGCCCUCCUGAUUUUCCAGAUGAAGAAGAGGAAGAAGAAGAAACUGGUGCUAAAACAGAAGACGUAGUAAUUAAGGACAAAGCUAAAGGAAAAAAGAGUAAAGCUGCUGCCAAAGCAGGAUCUUCUAAAUACCAGUGGGACAUUAUGAAGUCCCUUGGACUCUCUGAUGAAGAGAUAGUGAAAUUUUCUGAAGCAGAACAUUGGCUUGAUUAUUUCCCACCUCUGGCCAUUCAGGACCUAAAGAGAAUAGGUUUGAAGGCAGAUUGGCGGCGUUCCUUCAUCACCACUGAUGUUAAUCCUUACUAUGAUUCUUUUGUCAGGUGGCAGUUUUUAACAUUAAGAGAAAGAAACAAAAUUAAAUUUGGGAAGCGGUAUACAAUUUAUUCUCCAAAAGAUGGGCAGCCUUGCAUGGAUCAUGACAGACAAACUGGAGAGGGUGUUGGACCUCAGGAAUAUACCUUAAUCAAAUUGAAGGUGCUUGAGCCUUACCCCUCAAAAUUAAGUGGCCUGAAAGGUAAAAAUAUCUUCUUAGUAGCUGCUACCCUCAGACCCGAGACCAUGUUUGGACAAACAAACUGUUGGGUUCGUCCUGAUAUGAAGUACAUUGGAUUUGAGACUGUGAAUGGUGACAUAUUCAUCUGUACCCAGAGAGCAGCCAGGAAUAUGUCGUACCAGGGCUUUACCAAGGACAGUGGAGUGGUGCCUGUUGUGAAGGAGUUAAUGGGAGAGGAAAUUCUUGGUGCCUCACUUUCUGCACCAUUAACAUGCUACAAAGUGAUUUAUGUUCUCCCAAUGCUCACCAUUAAGGAGGAGAAAGGGACAGGUGUGGUCACAAGUGUUCCAUCUGAUUCCCCUGAUGACAAUGCUGCUCUCAGAGACUUGAAGAAAAAGCAAGCCUUACGAGCAAAGUAUGGAAUUCGAGAUGACAUGGUCCUGCCGUUUGAACCGGUGCCAAUCCUUGAAAUCCCAGGUUUUGGAAAUCUUUCUGCUGUAACCAUUUGUGACGAGUUGAAAAUUCAGAGCCAGAAUGACCGAGAAAAACUUGCAGAAGCAAAGGAGAGGUUAUAUCUAAAAGGGUUUUAUGAAGGUGUAAUGUUGGUGGAUGGAUUUAAAGGACAGAAGAUCCAGGAUGUAAAGAAGACUAUUCAGAGGAAGAUGAUUGACGCGGGAGAUGCACUUACCUACAUGGAACCAGAGAAGCAAGUGAUGUCCAGGUCUUCAGAUGAAUGUGUUGUGGCUCUGUGUGACCAGUGGUACUUGGAUUAUGGAGAAGAGACCUGGAAAAAACAGACAUUUGAGUGCUUGAAGAACCUUGAAACAUUUGGUGAGGAGACCAGGAGGAAUUUUGAAGCAUCCUUAGAUUGGCUACAAGAGCAUGCUUGCUCAAGAACUUAUGGUUUAGGCACUCGUUUGCCUUGGGAUGAACGGUGGCUGAUUGAAUCACUGUCUGACUCCACUAUUUACAUGGCAUUUUACACAGUUGCACAUCUAUUGCAAGGGGGUAAUUUGCAUGGACAGGCAGAGUCUCCACUGGGCAUCAGACCACAACAGAUGACUAAGGAAGUUUGGGAUUAUAUUUUCUUCAAGGAUGCUUCAUUUCCUAAGACUCAGAUCCCAAAGGAGAAGGUAGAUCAGUUGAAACAGGAGUUUGAGUUCUGGUAUCCUGUGGAUCUUCGAGUGUCUGGCAAGGAUCUUAUCCCAAAUCAUCUUUCAUAUUACCUUUAUAACCAUGUGGCUAUGUGGCCGGAACAAAGUGACAAAUGGCCUGUGUCUGUGAGAGCAAAUGGACACCUCCUCCUCAACUCUGAAAAGAUGUCAAAAUCUACAGGAAACUUCCUCACUUUGUCCCAGGCUGUUGACAAAUUUUCAGCUGAUGGAAUGCGCCUAGCUCUGGCUGAUGCUGGUGACACUGUUGAAGAUGCCAAUUUUGUGGAAGCCAUGGCAGAUGCAGGUAUCCUUCGUCUGUACACAUGGGUGGAAUGGGUGAAAGAAAUGCUUGCCAACUGGAAUAGCCUAAGAAGUGGUCCUGCCAACACUUUCAAUGAUAGAGUUUUUGCCAGUGAAAUGAAUGCCGGAAUCAUAAAAACAGAUCAAAACUAUGAAAAGAUGAUGUUUAAAGAAGCUUUGAAGACAGGGUUUUUUGAGUUUCAGGCUGCAAAAGAUAAAUACCGGGAAUUGGCCAUAGAGGGUAUGCACAGAGAGCUUGUGUUCCGGUUCAUUGAAGUUCAGACGCUUCUUUUGGCUCCCUUCUGUCCACAUUUGUGUGAGCACAUCUGGACGCUCCUGGGAAAGCCUGGAUCAAUUAUGAAUGCUUCAUGGCCUAUGGCAGGUCCUGUGGACGAGUCCUUGAUACGUUCCUCACAGUAUCUGAUGGAAGUAGCACAUGACCUUAGAUUACGGCUCAAGAACUAUAUGAUGCCAGCUAAAGGGAAGAAGACUGACAAGCAGCCGCCUCAGAGGCCUUCGCAUUGCACCAUCUACGUGGCAAAGAAUUAUCCCCCGUGGCAGCACACUACCCUGUCGGUUCUGCGUAAGCACUUUGAGGCCAAUAGUGGAAAAUUGCCUGAUAACAAAGUCAUUGCUACUGAACUAGGUAAUUUGCCAGAAUUGAAGAAAUAUAUGAAGAAAGUCAUGCCAUUUGUUGCUACGAUUAAGGAAAAUAUAGAGAAGAAAGGGUCUCAUGUCCUGGAUUUGCAGCUGGAGUUUGAUGAACAGGCAGUACUUACGGAGAAUAUAGUCUUCUUAACUAAUUCUCUUGAGCUGGAACACAUAGAAGUCAAGUUUGCCUCUGAAGCAGAAGAUAAAGUCAGAGAAGAUUGUUGUCCUGGGAAACCACUUAAUGUUUUUAGAACAGAACCUGGUGUACCACUUUCUCUAGUAAACCCCCAGCCAUCCAAUGGUCACUUCUCAACCAAAAUUGAUAUCAGGCAAGGAGAUAACUGUGAAUUGAUAAUCAGGCGUUUAAUGAGAAUAGACCGAGGAAUCAAAGACCUUAACAAAGUGAAGCUCAUGAGGUUUGAUGAUCCACUGUUGGGGCCUAGACGAGUUCCAGUCCUAGGAAGAGAGCACACUGAGAAGACCCUCAUUUCUGAGCAUGCUGUUUUCCAUGUGGACCUCAUGAGCAAGAAAAUCCACCUCACUGAGAAUGGCCUGUUGGCAGAUAUUGGCGAUACAAUUGUUUAUCUGGUUCAUUAAGCUCACAUAAGCUGAAGAUUUAUUAUGGUUUCUAUGGAUAUUACUACUCUGAGUCAGGUAGACCUAAAUAUAUAUCAUUUCUAAUUGUCAAAUUCUUUAUCUAAUCCUAAUUGUACCAACUCAUCUUUUAUUUCCUGGAUUGAAUAAACUUUUUUGAAAAUCUUUGGACCUCUAA